AUGGGUAUGAGAGGGUGGAAUUGGUGGGUGCUGGUGUGCAUCUCACUGGCUGUCCUGCCCGCUCUCAUGCAGGGAAAGACAGUGAAGUAUGAGACAUUUGAGGAGGACGCCCCUGCGACUGUCAUCGGAAACUUGGCCAAGGACAUUUCAUCCAGCCCCUCCUCGGGCUCCAAGACAAAUUUCAGGAUGAUGAAGCAGUUCAACUCGUCUUUCAUCCGUUUGAGGGAGAGCGACGGACAGCUGACUAUCGGAGAGAGAAUUGAUAGAGAGAGAAUCUGCAAACACACCCUUCACUGCCUCAUCGCAUUUGAUGUGGUCAGCUUCUCCAAAGAGCAGUUCAAACUCAUCCACGUCGAGGUGGAGGUCAAGGACAUAAACGACAAUUCCCCCGAGUUCCCCCGGAAAGAGUCGAGUCUGGAGAUCUCCGAAAACACAGCUGUGGGCACGCGGAUCCCGUUAGACUUCGCUGUGGAUGAGGAUGUGGGUUUGAAUUACAUCCAGAGCUAUCAGAUAUCCGUUAACAGUCACUUCACCAUAGACGUGCUUAGCAGAGCGGACGGGGUUAAAUAUGCGGAGCUUGUGCUCAUGAAGGAGCUGGACCGUGAGACGCAGGCUUCCUAUGCGCUCGAGCUGCUUGCUAUGGACGGUGGCAACCCGUCCCGCUCGGGAAUGACUCGCAUCAACGUCAAGGUGAAAGACUACAAUGACAACAGCCCCGUGUUCGACAGGAACAAUUUCUCAGUGGACCUCUCUGAGGACGCACCGGUAGGGUUUCUCUUACUGGACCUGAACGCAGAAGACCCGGAUGAGGGGCUGAAUGGGGAGGUGGUGUAUGGGUUCGGUAACCAGGUGCCAUCAGAGAUUCGACAACUUUUCAGAGUGGACCGCAAAACGGGAAGCCUCACCCUCGAGAGCCCCAUUGACUUUGAGAGCAAGAAAACGUACGAAUUCGACGUCCAGGCAACGGACCUCGGUCCAAACCCAAGCCCGGCUAUCUGUAAGAUAGUGGUGCAGGUGCAGGACGUUAACGAUAACGCGCCAGAGAUCUCCAUCACGCCUAUGACCUCCAUCACGGCGGGAAUCGCCUAUAUCACGGAGUCUGCGGCACGCGAGAGUUUUGUUGCAUUGGUUAGCACCUCGGACAGGGACUCUGGUGCUAACGGACAGGUGCACUGCACGCUCUACGGCCAUGACCACUUCAGGUUGCAGCAGGCGUACGAGGACAGCUUCAUGAUCGUGAGCACGAGCCCGUUGGACCGGGAGAAAAUCCCUGAGUAUAAUCUAACAGUGGUGGCAGAGGAUUUGGGUUCCCCACCAUUCAGAACCAUCACCCAGUACACCAUCCGGUUAACGGACGAGAAUGACAAUGCCCCUGUGUUCAGUAAGCCGGUGUAUGAAGUGGCUGUGGUGGAGAAUAACGCACCGGGUGCUUACAUCACCACGGUGGUCGCCAGGGACAUGGACUUGGGCCACAACGGUAAGGUGAGCUACAAGCUCGCUGACACCUACGUCAUGGGCUCUCCGGUGUCCACGUUUGUCUCACUGGACCCCGCGAGUGGCUCCCUUUACGCACUCAGGAGCUUCAACUAUGAAGUCAUGAAACAGCUCGAGCUCCACAUCACAGCCAGCGACGGUGUGUCCCCGCCCCUCACCGGAACCGCGACCGUUAACGUUAGGAUAGUGGACCAGAACGACAAUUCACCUGUCAUCAACCAGCCCGCGCUCAAUAAUGGGUCCGCGGAGGUUCUGCUGCCCCGGGACGCGCCCUCAGGCUACGUCAUCACCCAGGUGGAGGCGCAAGAUGCUGAUGAGGGCUUGAAUGCAGAACUGUCCUACAGACUGGCCUCUGGAGAGGCAUCCGUGUUCUCUGUUAACAAAGCCACCGGAGAGGUCUACCUCAACCGCAUGCUCAGCCACGACGUGGACGAGACCCUGCGCGUGACCGUCACGGUGAGUGACAACGGGAGACCUGCGCUCACCGCCACCGCCACGCUUCACUUCCUCAUCAUUGCGGGCGCCCCUCCGAGCGACAGGACCGUGUAUCGGGCAGGCAGCGGGGAGGCGGGGGAGCACGCACAGUGGGACCUGUCGGUGGUGAUUAUUGUCGUCCUGGCGGGGAGCUGCACUCUCCUGCUGUUAGCCAUUAUCCUCAUCGCCACCACCUGCAACCGGCGGAAACGGGACAAGACUGGAGAUGACACCGACUCGUAUGGGGAGAAGGAGACUCUGGAAAGAGGCAAAAACAACAGCGACAACCCGCUGCUGCCGCUCCAUGGAACCGUGGGAGGGUUUGAAGCCCACACCUUCUCUAGCCAGCCCGGUUUUACCGGGGAACACACUGGUAGCAGUGACCUGUGCUCCGCCUCAGAAGAUGGGAGCGAGGCUCCGUGCGUCUAUGAACCGGACAGCAAACCCAAGGUGAGAUGCUGUUUUUAAUCCCCCUCUCCCUCACUCUCUUUCUCUGUAUGUGCCCUCAGCCUCAUACAGUGCUAUUGUAAUGUGUCGCUGUUCAUGGUGCUGAACUCUGCGCUGUUUCUCUUUCCGCUCCGCAGGGCUACUCCACUCUGCCUGGCUACUGUAACGGCUACAAUAACGGUAAAGAGGCGGUCAGACCAAUCACCAUCUGGAAGGGCAACUCCUACACCACCAUCUCCGCAAGAGACCCUGCGUUCAGCGGGAAGGACAGUGGGAAAGGUGACAGUGACUUUAACGACAGCGAUAGUGACAUCAGUGGCACCGACCUGAAGAAGGAGGGGGUACCGGUACCCCCCAUGGGCGGCCAGAGUGGUAAGAGAUACUUCUAUUUCUUUAUCAUAACCAUUACAGUCAUUUGAAAGAAAUCGAUGUGUAUGGGGUUUUGCUUUUGUGUUUGGUCGCACAAGAAGGCCUAACACACCACCAAAACUCUCUAUCUCAGCUCUCUAGGUACCUCUAUAUCUAUUAUCGCUCUAUCUUAAGGAUCUCGCUCGGGAUCUAUCUCUCUCUCUAUCGAUCUCUCUCUCUCUCCUUCUCUUCUUCUCUCUCUCUCUCUCUCUCUCUCUCUCUCUCUCUCCUCUCCUCUCUCUCUCUCUCUCUCUCCUCUCAGGUCUAUGGGCAUGUACCAGUGAGUGUAAGAUUCUGGGCUCACUCUGACCGCUGCUGGAGCCCUUCCACUGUCCACGCCAACAACAGUCGCUCGCCCGUCCCCACCCCCACCGGCCAGACCCUCUCCUCCUUCAACAGUCUCUCCAAGACUGCCUCGCUGCCCCGAGACUCGCUCCGGAGGGACAACUAUUACCAGGCGCACAUCCCCAAAACAACCGGCCUGCAGAGUGUGUAUGAGAAGGUUCUGCAUAGAGAAUAUGACUAUGUCCUGGUCACUCCUCCCAGACCCAUGACAGUUCAGGAGAUUAGUGAAAUCACUAUCCCAGUCUACGGUCCGACCACGACACGGUGUCCCAGCAAUGAAGUCUAAAGAAGAACUUAAUUAACAGUGUUCAAAAAAGGUGUUUAAUUUAAUUUAUAAAACCAUGACAAUGAGAAUGACAUGUUGCUUACAAAUGUAUGAGAUUAUUUGUCAUGUAAAUGAGUUUAUAUAUCUUAAAGAAUAUUUGUGUAUUUUGCAUUUUUAAGUGUUUCAAUGUAAAAGUCACAUUUGGAGUCUAUAUCCAAUCACUUUUAAGACUUUGUUGGACAUAUACUGUGUAAUUUAUGCAAGGAUUUGUACAUAAAGAGAGUUUAUUUUUUAUAAAAAGCAUAAUUAAACACCGAAGAUGUGUGCAUAUGAAUUGUAAUUAUACUGAUUCUAAGGCAUGCCUACUAUUUAAAUGGCCCAGAAACCACGGUUUGAGGCCGGAGACCCAAUGUAUCAAGUUGAUAACUAUGUAUGAAUAAUAAUUGUUUAGAUUUUUUAUCACCAUAUUCUAAAGAAAAUAAAUGUUGAAAUACCGUUUUGAAAUCUUAAUCUUGUCCCUGACUUAUUUCUGUUCACUCACUCCUACAUUCACCUAUUUAAGACAUGCUACUCUUAGUCCUGGAGGAAUAAGGGAGCAAUAGAAAGUGCUUCUAUGUUAUUAAACAGUGGCAUAAUCCUUAAUCAAGGCACUUUGCCCCUUUGACAAUGAAAUAAUAGCCGUUUAGGAGUGAAGGAUGACAUCGCAUCUACAACUGAACAUAAAAAAUGAACCUCCUUGUCUCGUCUACAUUUGAUUGAUGAUUUAGUUUGACUAUUGGCAACAAAAUGAUCUUCCCUCUAGCCAUGCUCGCUAGAGGCAGCAGUCGGAGCCAAUCAAACUCAUCAAUAAGAUUAACAUACUCAUCCGUGUAUAUUCUAAUCUGCAGGGAUUUCUGUCUGCCUAAAGGGUCUAAUACAGUCUGUAGACCGACCUCCUCAAGGGAUAGAAUCAUAAUCAGUUGCGCACACCACUCAAUUAAAACGCAUGGUGCCAAAUGCGCGCCUAUGCGUAAAAGCACGCCUGGUACAUUUGGAUAGAGAACUGUUUACGCAGCGAUUGACUAUCGGCUUUAACCACACGAUGUAAUUAAUGUGUUUGGUAAUAAAACAUGUAAUAAUGACUCAAUCAGCACACAUACAGCUGGGUACUCGAUACCCCGCGUCUCCAUUGAGAUAAGUAACCGAAAGGUCGCUGGUUCUAAUCCCCGAGCUGACUAGGUGAAAAAUCUGUCGAUGUGCCCUUGAGCAAGGCACUUAACCCUAAUUGCUCCUGUAAGUCGCUCUGGAUAAGAGCGUCUGCUAAAUGACGUAAAUGUAAAAUAAGCAUUUUGGAUGGGGAUUUGUUCCCAUGGGUCUUCACUGAGUGGCCCAUACUGUAUCGUCAGCUCGAGAUAGGAUGCCACAUUCCACAGGAUCCACCUCUGACCUUAGGCCCGUUAGAACUGAGAGAGAGAGAGAGAGAGACUAUAGUAAGAGCAGCUCAAUCCCCUCUGACUGAGAACAUUGUAUGUUCAAGGGGAAAUUAAGGAAAGGCUUCCCUUCUGCCUCUGCAUCAGCUGUGCGCGUUCACAUUUGUGUUCCACCUACUGAACAAUGCGCGUUCCCGUUCGAAUAGGACUCCCAAAGAAAUGUUGGAGAAAUACAUUAAUAUAAACAAGACUUUCCCAUUGCGCAUCAUAUAUGCCUGUCAAAUGUAAACACACACAUUUCGACAAAGGCUUUCUUAGGUUGUGUAGGCCUACGCUGUCUGGACGUGUUUCGCACAGAAGGUAGCGCACUUGCCCUGUUGUUGGUUCAAGAUCCGAACAGCCUGUUCUCUCUCAGUCUUCCAAAGCCAUAACAUCGUCCUACUCUGCAUUCCUUGAUGAACUCCUGAGGCAGGGCGCCAAGCCAGCAGGUAAUAUAACAAUCAUCGCGCAUGAAUAGGCAGUUUGGUUAGUCCUGCCCUGUCCGAGAGAGAGAGAGAGAGAGAGAAGAGAGAGAGAGAGAGAGAGAGAGAGAGAGAGAGAGAGAGAGAGAGAGAGAGAGAGAGAGAGAGAGAGAGAGAGAGGAGAGAGAGAGAGAGAGAGAGAGAGAGAGAGAGAGAAGAUUUAGAGAGAGAGAAGAUUUAGAGAGAGAGAAGAUUAGUGGACACCUUUGCUCAGGCUCUCAGACCCAUUCGCAGCCAUGGCCGGGAGUUCAGAAAAAGUGCCCAUCGCCUUAGCGGGACCCGAGGACCUGCAACAGUUUAUGCCACCGGUAAGUAGCCUAACAUAUAUCGAUGCUUUAGUUUCUAAAUUAUAUACGUGUGCCAGAUAGCCUAGUCUAGGGUCAGGAACUUUGUGUGGACAUUCCACGAAGACACCUGCUAAUUCUUAUGGAGGUGUUGAUGUUGAGUUGGACUUUAUGAAGGCAACGCAUUAUAAAUGCUUUAUAAACACUUUUUACAAACAAACAAACAAACAAAAUUGAACCCGUAUAGGUGGCAUUCAUGUAAAUGAUUGAUGUGUUCAUCUCAGGCAUACACUGCCGUGGCGGUUAAACCGGCGGCCACCGGCCGCCUGCUGAAGACCGGGAUUGUGGUCUUGAUCGCCGGGGCAAUUCUGCUGCUGUUCGGGGCAAUCGGAGCUUUUUACUUCUGGAAUAAUAACGACAAACAUGUAAGAGUUUUAACAUACGUUUAAACAUCAGUCCUUCUGUAUCAAUGGACUAUAGCGAAUUCAAGAGUCAUUGGGCCUUCAACCAGCGACUCUUGUCGCUCAAGGGUAGGCCUAAUAAACUAUGUUAAAAGCUGAUAAAUCAUAUCACUUAUGUUAAGCUAUGCCGUUAGGCGCUGGAGUGCUUGGUAGAAGUCAGGAGAGUAUAGUGAAUGGAAGCCUUGUGUUUCUGAGACUGAGGGGUGGGCUCAUAGGGUCCUGCUGAUGUCCCAGGAACGAGAGGUGUAAUCGAGGUAAGCCUAGGCUACUGUCGAAUAAUACAAAAAGAAUGUAUAUGAUUUUUAAAAAUUUGGUAGCUAUAGGCCUGCAUGAGUUUAAAUGCAUUGCCUGAGCGAGAAUAGGAUAAUAUAUAUAUAUUAUUUUUUUCGCUGAUUCUAUGAUGGAGAUGGGGGAGGGGGGUGUAAACAAAGCCCACCCAUUAUGAAGAAAAAAAAACACUCCUGCCCCUGAGCCUAUAUAGAGAAUCUACCCCCCCACCCUCUCUCGCUCACACGCACGCACACACACGCACGCACACACCACACUCCUUCUUACAGGUGUGACAACAUUGUCUGCGUGUUUUACCGUGUGUGUGUGUGUGUGUGGCAGGUCUACAACGUCCACUACAGCAUGAGUAUUAACGGUAAGGUGGAGGAGGGCUCUAUGGAGAUUGAUGCUACAAACAACAUGGAGAGGUUCCGCACCGGGAGCGGAAAUGACGAGGCAGUAGAGGUCCACGACUUCCAGAUUGUACGUUUGAAACAACAACAACAAAAAUAAUUAAAAUUCCAAUGGUACCUUGAAGACAAAAGUAAUUUUGUAACAUGUUAGAUGCACAUUAUUCAUUAAAAUUCUCUCUUCACUCCAGGGUAUAACUGGUAUCCGUUUUGCUGGAGGAGAGAAGUGUUAUAUUAAGACUCAGGUCAAAGCUCUUCUGCCUGACGUGGAAACACUCAACAAAGACUCACUUCUGUUCGACCUGGUAGGAAUAUAUAUAUAUAUAUAUAUAUAUAUAUAUAUAUAUAUAUAUAUAUCUCAAAGUAUUUCUGGGUUACCUAUGACCAUGACACACACCUAUCUACUGUCAGACACGGUUAACAUUGGUUGUGUGUUGUGGGGGGUUGGGGUAGAUAUAGGGACUGAGCUAAUUUAAGCGAUUUCAGGAGAGAUGUAAGAUGAACUGAGUGGUUUAUUGGCUGGGUUGGCUGUGUGUUUGUGUGUGUCUGUGAUUAGUUGACCUGGAUGCUCCAUUUAGCCCGAGGGUAAGGUAAAGGAAGAGAUUGUAGCAGAUUGGCAUCCAGACCCAAACAUGAGCUCUCUCUCGCUCUGAUCUGGAGGAUCUCUUCUGCCACAAACUAUCCCCAAACAAGACCUGUGAUCUGGGCUCACCUGACACAUAACUCCUCCAGCCCCCAAGUAAUGUGUGAUAACCCUGACUGUCAUGUUGUCCAUUUCUCUCAAAGUGAAGUCAGUUUAGAAGUAUUUCAUGUGAACUAUCUAUUCAUUUACCUCUAUACUGGCAUUUUGUUUCUUAAUGUAGCAACUGAAGGGGAACAACUAGUGUCAGGAUGGGGUGCCACUAGUCUCCCCCCCCCCCCGGUGGACUGUGAGCCGAGGGGACACCCUCUUCUCUUGGUGUGAACACACACACACACACACACACACACACACACACACACAUAUACACUGGCACGUGUUGCUCAGAGAGAGGGAUUGCUUUCACUCGUGAAUCAUGUUUUCACACUCGCUGUCUGGCCAAACUGGAAUGAGGCGGGUUGGAUCGACACACAGAUCUUAACAACAUCUGAACAAGCCUGUCAAGCUGUCACAGUGCUGCAAGAUGUGUGUGUUUCUGUGCAUGUGUUUGUGAGUGUGUGUAAGCUGUCCCAGUGCCGAAAUGAGGCUGUCUGAUUAUUUUAAUCAAUUAGCGUUGUGUAUGCUCCAUGCACACAUCAUUAAACAUCACGCAGGCCAUCGUAUGCCAUCGCAGGCCAUCACGCGCAUGCACACACACACGCCUCUCUGCAUCGUCAACGGCCGUUUAUUUAUUCCACUGUGUGUGCUAGACAGUGUGUGUUUAUGUGUAUGUUGGGCUCAGAUAGUGAGAUGUGGUUAUAAUAGUAGCUGAAAGCUGGUCAUCCAACAAGAUCUCACAGUCUCACUUCAGUAUUCAACUUUUGUCCAGGGGGGCCAUAAACGUCUAUGGGUGAAGUGAAAGUACACUACAUGACCAAAAGUAUGUGGACACCUGCUUGUCGAACAUCUCAUUCCAAAAUCAUGGUCAUUAAUGUGGAGUUGGUCCCCCCUUUGCUGCUAUAACAGCCUCCAAUCUUCUGGGAAGGCUUUCCACUAGAUGUUGGAACAUUGCUGCGGGGACUUGCUUCCAUUCAGCCACAAGAUAAUUAGUGGGGUCGAGCACUGAUGUUGGGUGAUUAGGCCUGGUUCACAGUCGGCAUUCCCAUUCCUCCAAAAAAGUGUUAGAUGGGGUUGAGGUCAGAGCUCUGUGCAGGCCAGUCAAGUUCUUCCACACCGAUCUCGACAAACCAUUUCUGUAUGGACCUCGUUUUGUGCACGGGGGCAUUGUCAUGCUGAAACAGGAAAGGGCCUUCCCCAAACUGUUGCCACAAAGUUGGAAGUUCAGAAUCGUCUAGAAUGUCAUUGCAUGCUGUAGCAUUAAGGUUUCCCUUCACAGGAACUAAGGGGCCUGGCCCGAACCAUGAAAAACAGCCCCAGACCAUUAUUCCUCCUCCACCUAACUUUACAGUUGGCACUAUGCAGUCGGGCGUUCUCCUGGCAUCCGCCAAACCCAGAUGAAGCGUGAUCACUUCAGAGAACGCGUUUCCACUGCUCCAGAGUCCAAUGACGGCGAGCUUUACACCUCUACAGCCGACGCUUGGCAUUGCGCAUGGUGAUCUUAGGCUUGUGUGCGGCUGCUCGGCCAUGGAAACCCAUUUCAUGAAGCUCCCGAUGAACAGUUCUUGUGCUGACGUUGCUUCCAGAGGCAGUUUGGAACUCAGGUAGUGAGUUUUGCAACCAAGGUCAGACAAUUUUUACGUGCUACGCGCUUCAGCACUCUGCGGUCCCUUUCUGUGAGCUCGUGUGGCCUACCACUUUGCGGUUGAGCAGUUGUUGUUCCUAGACGUUUCCACUUCACAAUAACAACACUUACAGUUGACCGGGGCAGCUCUAGCAGGGCAGAAAUUUGGUGAACUGACUUGUUGGAAUGGUGGCAUCCUAUGACGGUGCCACGUUGAAAGUCACUGAGCUCUUCAGUAAGGCCAUUCUACUGCCAAUGUUUGUCUAUGGAGAUUGCAUGGUUGUGUGAUCGAUAUUAUACACCUGUUAGUAACGGGUGUGGCUGAAAUAGCUAAAUCCACAAAUUUGAAGGGGUGUCCACAUACUUUUGUAUUUAUAGUGUAAAUAAAGGUUAAGGUUGGUAAAAUAGAAAAAACUUGACAGUUAAGCAUAAAAAACUUGACAAUAAUUCCAACUGGUUAAGGUAAGGGUUAAGGUUUGUAAUAGGGUGAAAACAGAAACAACUAAAAUGAUUGCCUAGCACUAGUAUUGAACCCGCGAUCCUCAGAGCCAAAGUGUGCAGUUUAAGCCCUUCCUCUAUCGCCAUCCACAACACCCUAGCAAGCCGCUAGAUGGUAAUAUGUGCUCACGUUGCCCCUAGUGGACGGUAUUGAAGGCAUCACCCAACGUCCUCGGGAUAUUUUUUACAGAUAUUUAGCAGAUGCUUUUAUCCAGAGCGACUUACAGUUAGUGAGUGCAUACAUUUUCAUACUGGUCCCCCGUGGGAAUCGAACCCACAACCCUGGCGUUGCAAGCGCCAUGCUCUACCAACUGAGCUACACGGGACAUGGACAAACAUUGAAUACUGAAGUCUAUCUAGUGUGAUCUCGCUGGGUCAUCUGCUGUAAUUUAGUGAUGGAAAAUAUGGGUAAGGUAAACUCUUAUCAGUCUCGCAGUGGCAACACACACACACACACACACACACACACACAGAGAGAAUGGGUCAGAUAAACUCUUAUCAGUCCUGCACUGGAGAACGCUUGCUGUUGCUAAUAAUUUAAAAUGAAAAAUAAAAGUGUGUCUGGUAGGUUAGACAGUAACAUUCCCCAAACUGUUUAGUAACUAGUAACACAGGUAUAUUACUCUAGUAAUACAAUGCCAUUAUUAGUGCUAGCAGUGUGUGUGCAUGCGUGUCUGUUUGAUCCACACAUCGGAAGAGAGACUUUAUAAAAUGUAGGCAAUCAUGCUUUUCCGUCAGCUUGUUGACUUGAUGUGAAUGAUUCCUGACGUUGUUUAAGCGCCUAAACGCUGGAGAGAAUGAGGGCUUCUCAUUGAAAGGAGAGCUACUGUGUCUUCUACUGAAUUUACCCUUGGGGAUUAAUAAAGUAUGUCUCUAACCCAGAUCCAGUCUAUCUGUUUAACAUCUAACGAACACUAGGUCAGGAACUGUAUAUUUACAGAAGGCUUGAGGGAUAUCACAAUGUGCUAUGUUCUUUGUUUGGUUUCAUUAAGAAAACAUGCAAAGGAUUAAAACAUAAGGAUGAACGAGACAGGAAACCACAUCAAAACAGACAAGGGGUCAAAAGAGUCUGAAGAAUAUUGCCUUUAUACAGGAAAAUAAUUACAAUGUCUGUCAGACACAGUGUAAGCCCAGGGGCAUUCCUUAAGAGCUUGUCUGUCUGUCUGCCAACUUUGUAUAGUCGAGAGCUACUUUUUUGUUUAUAUUGUCGCAUACACCGGUGCAGUGAAAUGUGUUGUUUUAAUUCGGCUAGAUUCAACCCGUAGUGCUGAAGAUCUGCGCGGUUGAAAUCUAAACGCAAUGUUCCUGCGUUUAGACUGCAUUCACGCCACAGUAAACUGCAUAUGUCGGUUCAAUCGCGCUACAGCGCAGAUCUUCAGCGCUAUGGAUUGAAUAUAGGCCUUAUAGGAUACACAUUUUAAUCUUCAUCCUGUAAUUAUCAACCCACCCCCCUCCCUAUCUCUCUCUCCAGGAGGAUGAGGUGAUGCCUGCUAAAUUUGAGGAGGACUCUCUGAUCUGGGUGGCGGCUGACAUGCCCCUCUCUGACCCCACCUUCCUCAGCUCCAAGAUCCGCGAUUUGUGUGGAGACCUGCCAAUCUUCUGGCUCCGCCCUACCUACCCCAACGGUACCCAAUCAGCACCUUUAUAUUUUCACACGCAACUCCUUAUAUGGGAGUAGUAAAGUGUGUAUUUGAAGGACAACAAUAAGUUGUGAAAGUGACUGGUCAUUUCCAAACAAUGCACAUAGCAACAUGAUGCACUGGAGAUAAGCAAAACAGUAACAUUAGUAUUAGUAUUUUCUUUUUACAACUAGUGUAUAAAACAUUAAGAACACCUUCCUAAUAUUGAGUUGCACCCCCCUUUGCCCUCAGAACAGCCUCAAUUCGUCGGGGCAUGGACUCUACAAGGUGUCGAAAGCAUUCCACAGGGAUGCUGGCCCAUGUUGACUCCAAUGAUUCCCACAGUUGUGUCAAGUUGGCUGGAUGUCCUUUGGGUGGUGGACCAUUCUUGAUACACACGGGAAACUGUUGAGUGUGAAAAACACCAGCAGCAUUGCAGUUCUUGACACAAACCGGUGCGCCUGGCACCUACAACCAUACUCUGUUCAAAGGCACUUCAAUAUUUUGUCUUGCCCAUUCACCCUCUGAAUGGCACACAUACACAAUCCCUGUCUCAAAAAUCCUUCUUUAACCUGUCUCCUCCCCUUCAUCUACACUGAUUGAAGUGGCUUUAACAAGUGACAUCAAUAAGGGAUCAUUGCUUUCACCUGGAUUCACCUGGUCAGUCUAUGUCAUGGAAAGAGCAGGUGUUCUUAAUGUUUUGUACACACAGUGUAGGUGUGGUGCUUCCAAGGGUGGCUCCAAUAAUGCCUAGUUAGCAUAUUGACUGUCUCUGUACUCUCCCCAGGCGGGCAGAGGAAGGCGGCCCCUCGGCAGCGCCGCCAGGCACCCGGGACAGAGGAGGAAGUAGACCCGGAAGCAGAAUUUAACCCUGAGAACCCCUAUCAUGUGAGUGCCGUCGCCCACUCAAUCAACGUGCUGUGUAACUUCAAAUUCCAGCAACACAGCUCUAAUGUUUGGCCUUCAUAGACAGUGUUUGUUGUGUCACCACAGGCCUAUUCUAACAACCAGACUACAUAUCCUCUUAGAGAUACAGUAUAAUGUUAUGCUCUCACGCCCAUGUCAACAGUUGAGCGUCUGACAACAGGUCAAAUGGUUCCUGUCCAGUCUCUCUCCCAGCAAGCACAGCUGUGUGAGCAGGAGCAGAUGUUGGGGUCACGGUAUCACCCUGAGCGGCCAUGCUUGUCACACCAACUGUGUGUGGGUGUGUGUGUGUGCGCCUGUCACUCAGAGCAUGUGUGUGUGUGUGUGUGUGUGUGUGAGAUCGCUGUCACCCUGAGUCUGCGCCUCAGAGACUCCUUUAGAAUACCAAACUAAAGUUCCAUUGAGCCUCUCAGACAGAGUGUGAAUAGCUCCACUAUGAAUCUCCCCACGCCCUGUUCCCCCUCCAUGUAUAGGCCUUUAGACUCUCCCUAAUCCCAACUGCUCCUCCUCCAGACAUCCCCAGACAUAGAACCAGACUCAGUGUUUGCGUUUGAGAUAAAUCAUUGAAUAAGAAAUAUAUGUCUUAGUUCUUCAGAGAUGCAUUUCUACAUAGGCAUUUCUACUUUAAGCUUGUUUUACAAAUGAUGCUAUUACCAGUAUUUAACCUGACCUCUCCCCAUUCUCACUCAACAUGUAGCGUGGUCUGGAGGGCGAUGAGGGCACCAUGACCUUUGACCCCAUGCUGGACCACCAGGGCGUGUGCUGUACGGAGUGCCGGAGGAGCCACACCCAGUGCCAGAGGAUCUGUGAGCCCUUGGGCGGGUUCCACCCCUGGCCCUACCACUACCGCGGGUGCAGGGUGGCCUGCAGAGUCAUCAUGCCCUGCCGCUGGUGGGUGGGACGCAUCCUGGGCAUCCUCUAAACACACCCUGUCCAGACCUGGAGUGGUAGUCCAGAGAAAAACAGGGGGUGGAGAGAGAGAGAGGGAAGAAAAAGAGAGAAGGGGGUGAGAAGGGGGUAGGGAGGGGAGGGGAGGGGGGAAGAAAAAGGGGGAGAAGGAGAGAUACGUCAA